AUGAGCUCUAUGGGUCCUAUUAACUUUUUCCUUGGUUUAAACAUUAGACAGAGUUUAGAGGGUAUAUUCAUCAACCAAGAAGCCUACACGAAUACCUUGCUUGCGAAAUUCAGAAUGGUGGGAGAUUCAAAAGUCAAGGUUCCAAUGGCUUUCGGAAUGAAGCUUACACCAUCCUUGGACAAGUCGAAGACAUAUAUUACUCUAUAUCGACAAAUGAUUGGGUCUUUAAUGUAUCUAACAUCGAGUUUUCCAGAUAUAAUGUUUGCAUUUUCUUAUUGUGCUAGGUUUCAGCCGAAUCCACGUGAACCUCAUAUGAUUGCUGUGAAGAAUAUAUUCAGAUAUCUUAAAAGAACCACCUUUCUCGGAAUUUGGUAUCCUUCCAAGUCUAGAUUCUUUAUGCAAGCAUAUUCCGAUGCUGAUCUUGAUGGAUGUGGUCUCGAUCGUAAAAGAAUAUCAGGGGGUCUCAGUUUUUAG